UAUAGCCAAGGCUUCAGUUGAGUCUUGGUCUGUUAAUUGUGUUAAUGUUUAGUUCUAUUCGAUUUCUUUAUUGCCGGACGUGAGAUAUCACAAUUACCGCAUUUAGAAACAGAUACUCGUAUAUAAUAAAAGAAUUUAUAAUUUUCAAAGAAAUGAUGCGUUUUCCGAGUUUUGUAAUUAUUUCGGUUUUAGUGUGCUUAAACGCUUUCCAAGUACACAAUGCUGAGCUAUUGGAGACAGAUGGAAAAGUGCAAGUGUCUAAACGUGCCAAUAAUUUAACGCAGUCUUACCAAAUUGAACCAUUACCCAACUCGUAUGCACACCUCGGUGAAGGUCCCCACUGGGAUAUUGAAACGCAGAGCCUCUACUAUGUUGAUCUUGAUUCUGGCUGGAUACUGCGCUACGACUAUCAAGAGGAAAAGGUAUACCGUAGCAAAGUUGAGGACCUCGAAUACACCUCCUUUAUUGUGCCGAUCGAAGGACAAAAAGAUAAAUUCGUUAUUGGAUCUCAUCGUCGUGUACUCGUCGUUACAUGGGAUGGUGUUUCGCCAAGAAGUAAGAUAGACCGUGUACUUUUCGAAGUUCAACAAGACGAUCGGUAUAUUGUUAAUCGUUUUAACGAUGGCAAAGCUGAUCCACGUGGACGUCUCUUUGCCGGCACAAUGCGUUAUAUUGGCGAUGCAUACAAAGAUCGCUGGGGUGAAUUAUAUAAAUAUGACAAUGGCAAUGUAUCGUUAGUGAAGACAGAUGUGGGCAUCUCCAAUGGUUUGGCAUGGAACGAGAAGACAAAUAAGUUCUAUUUUGUAGAUACAACCGACUAUGAAGUGAAGGAAUACGACUAUGACUUUGAUGCUGGUGCAGCAACUAAACCGAAGGUCGUUUUCGAUGUGCGUCGACCAACUCCAAAGGAAAAUUUGAAGCCCGACGGUAUGACCAUAGAUAGCGAUGGUAAUAUUUAUGUGGCCACUUACAAUGGAUACACCUUAUACAAGGUCAACCCCAGCACCGGCGAAGUGCUUUUGGAAAUCAAGUUGCCUACCAAGCAGAUCACAUCUGCCGCUUGGGGUGGUCCCGAUCUCGAUAUCUUAUAUGUAACAACAUCAGACGAUUUUGAUCAACCAGCACCGGCUGGCACCACUUACAAGAUCACCGGCUUGGGCGCCAAGGGUGUACCUAUGACAAAGGUUCGACUAUAACACUGGGAAACAGUAGUUUUGUUUUAUGUUACUUCUUACCUGAUUGUAUAUGAUUUUGCCACGCUGAUUCUAAAUCUUUAGUCAGUUUUUCUCUAGCAGCUCUAGUUUUCGAAAUAUGAAGAUAUAAAAAUUUUAGCCAAAAAUACUAGAAUUUUAAAAUUAAAAAAUAUAUUGUUCUUGUAUUACUGCUCCAGCAAUAAUCAGCCAUCAUAUUGGCAUUCCAACGACCCUGGUAUCGCACUUCCAUAGUGCGAAUAAAUUGGUGAGAGCGUUUUCCUUCAUAUUCACUUAAGUCGCUUAAAUUUUCUGGGAAGCUGUCUAAAUGGCUGAAGAGGAAGUGCAUCUUGAUGCUCAUGUUACAUCAUAGUCUCUGGAAGUGCAGAAGCAUUUAAACGGCAUGCACUCAACAUAUAGUCACCAAAAAUAGCACAAAAACUCUUCGGAUCAUUUAAACAACUUCUUCUUAAUAUAGAAAUAGCGGUUUAUUUAUGAAAUUUAGUAAUUUUUUGCUGUAAAAAUUAUUUCAAACAAGCCUAGUAAUGACAUUUCAAUAAGUACCUGCACCCCUAAAACUAGAGAAACUGCUAGAAAGAAACUGUGGAUAGAUUUGAAAUCAGCGACGUUGAAUUAGUAAGAAACAGUUUAGAAACCUCAUGAAAUAAAAAAAGUUUAAUUUGGUUUACCAAUGUAAUCGUAACUAGUUACGUUAUUUGAACAUUUCCAUACUAAAAUUAACCAAUAAAGAAUAUAAGCAUGCAUUUUAAUAUUGCUAAA